CAGCUUUAGAGUUAAGACAACAACUACGGUCUACGAAACAAGUGUCAGUCUUAACUUUGAUGAAUCUGAAGCUAUUUUGUAUUCAUUUUCAUUAUCACAAGUUUUUAUUUCGUAAUAAUCUUGACCGAAGCAUAGACGACUAUUAACUUUUGUUUAAAGAACCAAUAGAAGCAUCACAUAUAACAACUUUAAAUGACUGACCAGAAUUCAAAAAUGCCGGAGCCUCGUAAAGUUGGUGUUUGGACAGAAGGUCCUCCUUUACAAACAAAAGAACUUAUAAUUCAAAAAAAAUCACCAGAAUCAUUUGAUGAUAUACCUACAUUACCUGACAUAGAUGAUUUUCAAGAUAUCCUAGAAAAGGAAUUAUCAAAGCCUCCAGUGACUGAGAGAAAGGAUACUGAAACAGCUAAUACUUUAGCUGAGGUCAGUGGCGGGAUUACAACUUCAGUUGAAGGGAUUGAUGCAGCAUUAGAUAUUCUCAAAACAUAUAUUCCUCAUGAUUCAGACUCACCAGACACUAUUUGGACAAUAGACUCUUUAUUAAUGGAACUUAAUGAAGAAAUUGAUGAUAACUAAUAUCUCAUGGACUGGCAUACAUUAUUUGCAUUGCACCUGCUAUUUGCUGCCUAUCAGGAAUAAUCAGUCUAUCCCAUCAAAUUAACUAAGGGAAUUUGUAGAACAUAACUGUUGUUAUAUAUGUUGUGAUUUGUAUAUAAAUAAAAACAAGUUUCAAGGAUGUC